AUGUGCAUGAAUAGCAGCAACAGCAGAAUUGACAGCACAACUUUAUUUGUUUAUGUUGUAAUGUGGAGCUGUGGUUUAUCAGACCUAUCUUUUUCUCAUCCUUUAUUACAGACUGAGUGCCGUAACUAUGUGCGUGUCCUGCAACAGCUAAACGACACUUUUCUUUACGUGUGUGGUACUAAUGCAUUUCAGCCAACUUGUGAUUACCUGAAUUUAAUUUUAUUUGAGCUUGAAGGUAAGAAUGAAGAUGGUAAAGGCAGAUGCCCAUUUGAUCCUGCUCAAAGUUACACAUCUGUUAUGGUUGAUGAAGAGCUUUAUUCUGGGACUUCUUACAAUUUCUUGGGAAGUGAACCUAUUAUUUCACGGAACUCUCAUCAGAGUCCUCUGAGAACAGAAUAUGCAAUACCUUGGCUUAAUGAGCCAAAUUUUGUUUUUGCUGAUGUUGUAAGAGCAGAUCAAAACAGCACAGAUGGAGAAGAUGACAAGAUAUACUUCUUUUUCACUGAGGUGUCUGUGGAAUAUGAGUUUGUUGGAAAACUUAUGAUUCCAAGAAUAGCUAGAGUAUGCAAGAGGGACCAAGGAGGAUUAAGGACUUUGCAGAAAAAAUGGACUUCUUUUCUCAAGGCCAGAUUGAUAUGCACCAUUCCUGAUAAGAAUUUAAUUUUCAAUAUUAUCAAUGAUGUUUUUAUUCUGAAGUCUCCAACCUUGAAGGAACCAGUGAUAUAUGGAGUCUUUACCCCACAGCUGAAUAAUGUGGGACUGUCAGCCGUGUGUGCCUACAAUUUGUCUACUGUAGAAGAAGUUUUCUCGAAAGGAAAGUAUAUGCAGAGUGCUACAGUAGAACAGUCCCAUACCAAGUGGGUACGGUACAAUGGGGAGAUUCCUAAACCUCGACCUGGUGCAUGUAUAAACAGUGAAGCCAGAGCACUGAACUACAUGACUUCUCUGAAUUUACCAGACAAAACGCUGCAGUUUGUUAAAGACCAUCCGCUAAUGGAUGACUCAGUGACUCCAAUGGGAGACAGACCCCGCCUUGUAAAGCGAGAUGUGAAAUAUACACAGAUUGUAGUAGACAGAGUCAGAGCACUCAAUGGUACAAUAUAUGAUGUUAUGUUCAUCAGUACAGAUCAAGGGGCCCUGCACAAAGCUAUCAGCUAUGAAAAUGGAAUGCAUAUUAUUGAAGAAACACAGCUUUUCCCAAACUUUGAGCCAGUUCAAACACUCAUACUUUCAUCCAAAAAAAGCAGAAGAUACCUCUACGCUGGUUCAAAUUCUGGUGUGGUUCAAUCUCCUGUGGCAUUUUGUGAGAUGUACACCACUUGUUUUGACUGUGUUUUAGCAAGGGAUCCUUACUGUGCUUGGAAACCUCUUGAGGGUUCUUGCGUUGAUAUUUUUCAAGAAAGUGAAACUGAAAGGAAUUGGAUUCAGAACAUAGGUGGAGAUGCAUCUUCUUGUUCUGAUAAAGUAAGAGAGAAUUCGCUACAGCAUACAUUCAAGCAUGGGAGCACAGCAGAGCUCAAGUGUUCUCAGAAGUCCAAUCUGGCACAGGUAGUUUGGAAAUUCAGGGAUGACGUACUGAGAGUGGAGAGUCCCAAAUACCGUCUACUGGAAAAGGCACUGCUCAUCUUCAAUUUAUCAGAAGGAGACAGUGGUGUUUACCAGUGUCUGUCAGAAGAAAAAGUGAAGAAUAAGAAAUUCUCUCAGGUGUUGGCUAAGCAUGUUUUGGAAUUGAAGAAAGUCCAGCAAACUACAACAAGCCCCGUUGUGGCUGCUGCACCAAUAGAAGGUAAUAGUGAUGUACCAAAAGUUUCAGCUGUAUCAACUGAGGGCUCUACUGCUCAAACCUCAACCACUCAGAUUGUACCAGUAACAACUGCGAGGAUAAUAACAAAACCCAUUGGCCCUGUCCUAACAAGUGCAACCUCCAACAUAGAGCUUUUCAAUUCACUUCCUGACGCAGUCCCUGAAAAGACAAUGUUUCUGAAGUCAAAUGAUAACUUCCUGUUGAUGUUCCUGUUCCUCUUCUUUUUUAUUCUCUUCUUGUGCCUGCUUUCCUACAAUUGUUACAAAGGGUAUUUGCCAGGGCAGUGCUUGAAAUUUCGCUCAGUCAUGUUGCUUGGCAAGAAAAAAACAAAGUCAGAUUUUUCUGAUUGUGAACAGAGCGUGAAAGAAACCCUGGUGGAGCAAGGCAGCGUCAGCCACCAGAGUGGGGAGCAGCCAAAGCCAGCGCAUGACACCGGCUAUGAGACGGAGCCGGACUGUGGGAACGGACAGCUUCAGGACAGGGAUGCACAGGUGCCCAGGGAGGCCAAGGACAAACCUUUUGAUGUGAAGUGUGAGCUCAAGUAUGCUGACUCAGAUGUGGAGGGAGACUGAAGGACACCGUUGGUUUUGUGUUGGAAAUUAACUGUGGUACUACAGCUAUUUUUGAGCACCAAGAACAUGGUUGUGACCACUGAGCCAUAGGCGAGCUUUACGUGCUUCAUCUACACAGCAAGCCAAUUCGCAUUCAGAUCUCACCAGAUACAAAAGCAGUGUUCUUGUCUGCAGACCAUAGCAUCUUGUAUUGUUCUAUCACGUUUUUUUAAAUGGCCAGUUUCAGAUCCCCAUUUGUUUAUUCCUGGUUCUUACCCACACAUGGAGUACUUAACGCUGGUGAACAGCUGCCCGCUCCUUUUUGGCCGUUUUCUUCCUUAGGAUAAAAGUAACUAAUUUAGUUGGCUUUAAAAAGUACUUCAGUCUGCAAAUCUUUUAGCUGCCAUUAAAAAAAGUUCUAGUUUAAUUUGCAUUCCAAAUUGGAAAUUAAGUUUAGUUUAUCAGAUUGGUAAAUUAUAGACUAUUGUCCAAAUUGGGACAUUUUUUCUUUGCUUCUAGUGAUUAUUUUUCAUUUGAUGCUUUGUGUUUUGGCACGCUAGAUUUCUUUAGUUGGUUAAAGUUAAUUAACUUUUAAGUACUUAGCUUUUAAAGAGUAUGGGGAUAUAUAGUUGGCUUGAUUUGUGUAAGAUUCUCAGGGAUAAUCUUGUUUAAAGGCUUUUUUUCUGGCUGCUUUCUAGAAAUUUAGGUAACAGUAUCAGUAUAAAACCUGUGGACUGGAGUAAGAAGGGAAAAGAACAAAUGAUAGAUUUAGAAACAUUUUAUUUUCCUUAACCAAGCUGGACAUAGUCACCUGUUUUUUUUUUCUGUACACCACUGGAUUUUUCCACUUCCUUUUGAUUAUUUUUUUAAUAAAUCAGUACAGGCAAGCAGCUGUCACUUCGCAGUGACACUGAGAGGUUUUUUGCACUGUGAAAGCGAAAAAGGAAUUGAAAAUUCCCUGCAGUAACUCAUCUUGCAACUCACUGGAAUGGACUGUUAGGAUACAGCCUGAUAAGAAAACUUUGGGGAUGUUUGUUUUUGUUUUUUUUUUCUGAUUCAGAAGUAACUUCUUUUCCUGUGACACAUCUUUGCAGCGUCACCCUUUCUGGAUGACAUCUUCCAAUCUCUUAUGCAACUGGAGACUGAAACUGGAGCUCCUCAAACAAUCAGUAAUUUUGAACUGUUCAUUUGAAUCGUGUCUGCAUUUGUUCUAAGCCUGCUUCACAGCUGCACUGUUUGUCUCUAAAAGCAUUUAGUGUGGUACAGUUCUACAGAGAGUUGUCCCUCUCACUGCAUCUUUCUGUAAAUAUUGCUAGGAGUGCAUCUUGACGGUAAAUAGCAGUGUACCUAGGCUGCUUCUCUAUGUUGAACUUUCAUGCAAACUUUAAUUUCAACCAUCUUAGUGUGAACAGUUUAUAUUUUAUAAGAUUCAGUUCGGUUUUAUUUUUCUAUUUUUAAUUAUGUACAUAUAACAGAAUAAAUAUUAAAAUAAAUUGUA